AUGAUUUUAGUAAACCUAGCGAUAUUGGCCUAUACUACAAUUGCUGCCGCAACCUAUGCAUCAAGUAUCAGCAGCUGCCCUGCCCUGACUCCCCGGACAUCUAAAGCAACUACAGUUCACGACUUGCGUAUCGAUGAUAUCAAGAUGGUUGCCGCUCUCGGAGAUAGCAUAACAGCAGGCUUUGCAGCCAAAGGCAUUCAGGGCCCUACCAUUGUGAACCUUGCUAAUCUUAAUGAAGACCGCGGCGUGAGCUUCGCUAUAGGUGGCGAUUCCGGUGCUGUGACACUCGCAACGCUGAUGAAGAACUAUCAGCCCGCUCUGAAAGGAAUGUCUUUGGGUGAGCACCUGGUGGAGCUUUGCUCUGGCACAACAUGCCCACCGUUUCAGUACAAGCCUACUCAGGAUGUUUUGAACGCUGCACAAAGCGGUGGAUUGGCUUCUAAUCUUCAGCAUGAACUGGACUACCUUAUUCCAGCCAUGCUGACUUUGCCGGGAGGUAACUAUUUCACCGACUGGAAGCUGAUCACCAUCCAAAUCGGAAGUAACGAUCAGUGUUCAUCUUGCAACGACACAACUGGCCAAUACACACCAACUGCCUAUGGAAACUAUCUCAGAGCCGCGGUUCAACGCAUUCAGAAAAAUAUUCCCAAUGUCAUCGUAAACUUGAUGGGAGAUUUUAGAGUAUCACCGGUAUACACUGUAACCGCCAAUCAAAGCUACUGCCAACCAUUUGUUGGCACUAGCCUCGAGAUAAACUCCAUCGAAUGUCAAUGUGCAAAAACUGCCGCUGGAAUGGCCAUCAUGGACGCAACUGCUGAUGGAUACGCUGCACAAGCCCAACAAAUCUAUGAAGACUACAAAAAUUUGAAUUCAUCAUCAUUCGCAGUUGUAUACACACCUGCGAACAUUCAAGUUGGUACUUUCCCAAUACAGGCAUUUAGCAAUAUUGAUUGUUUUCAUCCUAGCGUCAUAGCGCAUCAAUGGAUAGCUAAAACUAUUUGGAAUCAACUAUUCUUACCCCAAAGCAGCAAGGCAUCCAGUUAUUCUUGGGACGGCAAUUUGCAAGUUUACUGCCCUACAUCUCAGGAUAGAAUACAAUUGAAUUGA